CAUACGUACACUCGACAUAGUGUAAUGGAAAAAUACAUAUUUAAAGUGCAAAGACUCGGUCGGUUUGGGUUAAUUGCGUCGCGUUCGGCGUCUUCUUCGGUAGUAGUCGCAAUCGCAGUCGCAGUCGUCGGCACCACUCAUCCAAGUGACUAAACCUUCAUCGCGCAUUUUCGCUUCUUAUAAGUACCUAAUUCGUAGACCAGAUACAUUGGUCAAGUAUAGGUACCCGGUGUAUAUGUGAUUUCUCGCCAGUAUAAUAUAAUAUACAUACAGUGUAAGUGAAUCGUGUCAGUGUGUCAAUAAACGUGCGCCAUCUACACACCGGUUCUAAUGAUCGUAUCGUCUGGUUUUAGCGGAACUAAACCCAACCAUAGGCUAUAACUUUACACAGAGUGGACGUUUCGAGCGGCGUUUAUUAACGAUGAAAUUAUUGCUGAGCUUUUUCAUAAUCGCGUGCAUUCGCGACGUUCGCAAUGAAGUUGUUUUCAAAAACGAUGACGAAACCGGUUCGAAUCGUAGUGCUGCAUCGAUGAAUAGUGGCAGCGACGGCGGCAAUGGCACCAGGGAAGGUAGAAAUUUGUUCAAUUGGAUAAGUAGUUUCACCGAUACGGACGCCGAUCCGUAUUUGGCCAAAGCGAACGCCGUCUGCUUGGAAGGCGAUUUGUCCGAGUGCUUUAAAGCCAAAGCUUUAUCCGGUUUGGACGAGUUCUUCACCAAAGAGUCGUACUCGCUCAAUGACAACGCUAGAAUUAUCCGAAUGCCAGACGAACACGUCCGGUCCGUCUACCAAGAGCCGUACGAAUUCACAUCGUCUGCCCGUUCCGAAGAACCCGAAUGGGACCAGUUUGUUAAGUUCCUAAUGCGAAAAGUAGAACGCUUUUUGAAAUCUACCGCCAUAGAGGUUAAAAUCAACGACGAAGUCACCGAGCAGGGACGAUACUCGCCGAGAUUUAUCGACGAAAUAUCCUCCGAACUUGACACCAUCGAGGAUAAGAAAGCCGGCGUUAUAACUCGCCACAAGUUGAAAAAGAUGUUGAUCCCGAUGCUAAUCGUUUUAAAACUAUUCAAACUGAAACUACUACUGUUCCUACCCCUAAUUCUGGGUUUGGCGUCGUUCAAGAAAUUCCUCGGAUUCUUAGCCAUCGUGGUACCUGGUUUAAUAGGAUUUUUCAAAUUAUGCAAACCGGAUUUACACCACAAUUACGGAAGCUUCGGUCACAGUAACUUCUACCACAGACCACCGCACCAUUUCUCGGCUGCAGCGCCGGAUACGUUAUACGUAAAUAAAUACAACAACAGAGAAACAGGAUCUCCAGAUGUAAUUCAAUACUUAUACGAUUCGUAUUCCGGUUCCCAGCAGCAGCCCGAUUAUUAUGGAAAUAAUUUCGCUGAAAAAGCCAAUGCUGCUGGAUCGUCACCGGUUGCUUUUAGAGAAGAUGCUCAUAAGCUCGCUUACAACGGGUAUCAAAAUCAGUAAAAAGUACUUACUCGCUUCUGAGGAGUACCUACAUAAUUAUAUGAGUGUCCUUCGAAUCAAUCUUCACUGCCAAUCGCUAGUCUUCUGCUUACGACACAUAAACUGAUGUUUUCAAAAAUAUUUUUCAACCAAAUACAAUCGAUUAUCUCGCUCGAUCUUACACAGCUAAAGGAAUAGAAAAUUAUUCAUAUUCUCGUAUAAUCACACGCACAGUCGCCUUCAUCAUCGUAAGACUGCGACAAAAACUGAUGAGCAGUUAGUGGCAAUUUUUAACGCUUAAAUUAUGUACCGCAUGUCUGAGCCAUAUUUUCUAAGUUCUCUUUUUUUUCCUUCGACUUCUUCUUUCUUCAUUUUCUCGCGUUACCUAUUUAUGCCAAUUUUUUAUACUUUUUUUUUCUUACUUAUUCCCGAGUACAUGUAAUUUAACGAAGCGUAACACAAUCCAACUAUUAGAAAUUACACACGUUCGAUCGUCCGUAUAGUACUUACUUACUUACGUAGUACGAUAGACAAUCUAUACUCUUAUAUUAGAUGCAUAUUUUCUAUAAAUAAUUCUGCCCUCCCCUCCUACGUAUAACCACAUCCCAACUAUAUCGAAUAUCAAUAAUAAUUUAAGAAAAGAACUGAUCAAACCAAACCAGCGAAUACCUACCUAGAUCUACCCCGUCAUCCUCAACUCGUAUUUCGCCCACUCGUUUAUUCGAUUCGAGAAUGUGAUUUUUAUGGUUCACACUUCACAGUCGAUGAUUAGAAUGUACUUGGGAGAGGAAAAAAAAAGAUGGCAGUUCGAUUCUUUAUUUUCUAAAGAUCUCGAUAGCCUAUUAUUAUUUUUUUUAUUCGCUAAACAGUGUGUAGAUUUAUUUCUUAUUGUGUAGGUUCGCGUUGCAUUUAACUAGUUUAAUGAUUUUUAAUUUUACGACUGUAGCUUUACUCGCGUUAAAAUAUAUAAGAAUUUAGUCCAUACUUUGUAAAUAUUUUUAUACGAAUUUUUGUACGAAUAUAAAUUAAUCGAAUAAAUAAUUAAGAAAGUG